UAAUGGAUUAUCUCUACAUAUUCACCACGUGACGUCAUCGUACAUCCUGUGACUUUAAACAUUCCUGUGGCCAUAAAUAAAGGACUUUUUCCAAUUUUUUUUUCCACCCACCCGUUUAACAAAAAAUUGCUUCAAACUGUAUUCCCAUCGUCGGAUAGUAACUCCGUCGCAUCCGCAACGUCGUUUUUCUUCUAUACAAAUAACCGGCGGCGGUGGUGUUGGAGGUGGUGGAAAAACUGAAGAAACAGACCUGUUUAUGGGUGCAGUCGGUGAACUUGAGCAAAAGACAAAAACAUUUGAAAGAUACGACAGUGUCGAGGAGAAUAAGACCAGACCAACGGGCUUCACAUCGGUAUUUUCGAAAAUAAUCGAUGGUAUGCCAGCUGCAACGAUGUUCUCGAAAUUCAAGAGUGGCACCACUGGUCCACAAAAUCCCGUCGAUACGAAUCCAAUAAUUCAGUAUUUUGAAAUUGGAAAGCAGACAGCAUCGGCUGGCCCCGAAUUGGCAUGGAAAAUUCAUGAUGCGUAUCGAAAAAGUGAUGGCAAGGAAUGUUCAGUUUUUAUAUUUGAAAAGAAAAUUGCAGAAAAACUACAUAAACCAAAGAGAAAAGAGACAAUCACUGAAAUCCUGCGUACUUCAGUUAAACAACUUGAACGGUUUCGUCAUCCGAAGAUUUUACAAUUGCUUCAUACAGUGGAAGAAUGCUCUGAUACAUUGGCAUUUGCAACAGAACCAAUACUCGCUAGCCUUGCAAAUAUCCUAGCAUAUCAGGAAGCUGGAACUUAUGGCCCGGUAACUGGACCCCCAAGUACGGGAGCAUCACAGCCUACAGUGCCAGUAGUCCAGAGGCCAGCUCAUGCCCGGGAAUAUAAUUUCUUGGAUAUUGAAUUAAAAUAUGGAAUAUUACAGUUAACGGAAGGUUUAGCUUACCUACACUAUACCGGUCACGUAGUACAUCGGAAUGUGUGUCCGUCGUCCAUUUUGGUCACGAAAAAAGGAACAUGGAAAUUGGCUGGACUCGAAUUUAUAGAAAAACUUAAUGAGACUGAUGUUGCUGACUCAAUUGUUUGUCAACCGUGGAGCUCGCGAAUAUCAAAAAUGGCUCAACCCAAUUUGGAUUUCACUGCUCCAGAAAUUCAAGCACAUUCAACAUGUAGCUUACUAAGUGAUAUGUUUUCACUUGGAAUGGUUAUAUGUUCGAUAUUUAAUCAUGGCCGACCACUGAUACAAGCUGGAAAUUCAUCAUCGACAUAUUUGAAACAAUUGGAAGUGCUGGAUGAUGCCGUUCACAAUAUGUUACCAAGGGUACCGAUUCCAUUACAAGAGGCCACGUCACGUCUUGUUAGCAAAGAUCCAACAACGAGGCCAACAGCACAACUCCUGCAAUUGAUUAAGUACUUUAAUGAUCCCGCUGUGAGUGCCCUGAAAUUUUUGGACGUGAUUAAUAUGAAAGAUCCAACACAAAAGUCACAUUUCUACCGAACGACACUUAAGGAAGUCCUGCAUCUUAUACCAAGGAAAUUAUGGUGGCAGCAUGUGUGGCCUUAUUUGCAACAAGAGAUGCGUACUGCAGAGGUUUUAGCUGCUGUUUUACAACCAGCCUUGGCGCUCGUUCAAGAAUCCACACCGGAGGAAUACGAAGCAAUAAUUCUGCCAACAUUUAGAGUUGUAUUUGCGUCGCCAAAAUCAAUUCAAGCAACUGUAACACUUCUUGAAAACCUACAUGUGAUAUUAGACAAGACUCCUUCAGAUGAAAUCAAAAAUGAUGUGCUUCCGCUGUUGUUCAAUGCAUUCGAAAGUACCACAAUUCAAGUGCAGAGUGCAGCCCUGGUGGCGGUUACAAAUGUAUAUGAUUGCAUAGAUGAGCUUUCUAUACGACGGAUGGUCUUGCCAAAAGUGAAAAUGGUCUUUGAGAAGAAUCACAACGAUGUCAAAAUUGUUGCUAAUGUUUUGUCCUGCAUAGAAAGGACAUUGGAGAAGCUAGAUAAAGCUCAGGUUAUGGAUGAGGUUAUACCAUUGCUGUGGGAUGUAAGACUUUCAGAUCCUGAUAUUAUACUGCGAGUUGUGAACAUCUACAGGAAAAUGUUAUCCGAUAAAAAGUACGGCCUGUCAGUCAACAUAAUGGCAACCAGGAUAAUGCCAUCCCUCAUUCCGCACACAGUUAAUCCCUCAUUAAAUCUGGAACAGUACACAAUUCUGCUGGAGGUACUGCAAGAAAUGCUGGACCAUAUCGAUCGACAGCAGCGCAACAAAUUGAAAUUGGACAAUUUGUCAAUACCAUCGCCGGAACGACACCGAACUCUGAGGCAUCAAUUUUCAUCGGAUAACAUGCAUGUGCCACCGUUCAACAUUCCCAAUUUGCGUAUUGAUCAGAGGAAGACCUCCAGCGCUGAGGAUAUGGCGCGAAAGAACUCAACUGGUUCUGGAAUAUUGGGCGGUUGGUGGUUUGGUGGCUCACCAUCAUCACCAGAUAGUAAUUUCCUGCGCGUUUCAAAUGCGUUCCCAAAUCGACGUCUAUCGGACAAUACACUGAUGACACCAAAAAUACGAAUAGCGCCAUCGUGUGCCUCCUCGCCAGGUGGCACACCCGGAGGUGGCUUACCAAUUCGGCGGCAUUCAAGUAUAGGACCACAGGAGAGACGCGGUUCAGCAAUAAAUCUCUCUCCACCGACUACGUACGGUUUCAGUGCUCGAGGAGGCUCAGGAUCGAGUCUUUCAGUGCCUUCAUCGUCCGUUUAUGUAAAAUCUUCUUUAUUAUCUUCCCAACCGCAGGGUGGCUCUAUGCCCAACACAUCCAGCAGUGUUCCAUUUUUAUUAUCAUCAAGCAUGCAAUCAAUACGUUCGCGUCGUCCGUCGACAACUUUGUCAUCUGGCCCAUUGGGAUCUGGUUCAGGAUUAUUGCAACAACUUGGCUCCGGAAUGGUAAGACAACUAUCUUCUGUAUCGGGUAACGCAACUCCUGUGCAUCAAUUAGCAAUCAAUGGAACACGCAACUACGUCAGAAAGUGUCCGUCACUCAAUAUAACAUUUAGCAACUAACGAAAAUUCUAAUAAAACUAAAAAUAAAUCCAAAACAAAAUGAAACAGUACCAGCUGUUUUCCGGUCGAACUUAAACAAAAUUUUAAAACUCAGACUUACAUGCUGGUUCCAACACCAACAUAUUAAAACUAGAAACAAUUUUAAGCAAGAAAUAAAUCAAAAAAUAAAUAUAAUUAACAAAAAAAAAAAAAAAUCAAACUAAAACAUCAAACAAUUUGCCGACACUUAUUUUUUUUUGAAUAUUCUCAGUGUUA